GUGCCCGAGUGAACGACUUAUGGGGUAGAGGGAGAUCAUCACUUAAGAGGGUGAGAAGGUUGAAUGUGGGGAAGAUAGUGGUGGAAGGGGCCAAAGAAAGUGGUGGUUGAUGGUGGCUUAAAAUUGCCUGAGUAUUGAGAAAUUAGGGGGUCAUUUACAGUCUAAUGAGGAAUGAAAAGGUUCUCUUUAGAUGGAAAGAUUUCAUGAGAAAAGAAAAGAAAGGGUACUUGGUUUAUAAUCAAAUCACUCAUUUGGGAGUAUUUUGGUGAGACAUAGAGAGAAAAUUUUGUUUUGAUUAGCUCUCCCCCUUUCUUACUCAAUCUCACCCCUUUUUUUCACCUGGUAUCGCAACAGAUGGUGAGAUUUGUUGCAAAAGUCUCCCCUUUCUGAUCUCAUUUUUUUUCACCAUCCAAGUGGGCCGUUAAUGAGUUUAGAAAGAAGGAGGGUGAGCUUGGAAUUUCCCACGAAACUUUCGAUUUGUAAAGUGUUAAAGCCAAACUGAUGCCUAUAAAAGGGUUCAGUGUUGAUCGAGAGAGGCGACAGAAGAGAGAGACCUAUCCACUCUAGGUAAUUGCAAAUGGAGGAUAAUACGAGCAAUGAAGACGAUUAUUACCUCUCCGAUCGAGAAUCCUUCGACGGGCUCGAUAGCUUUGAGCCUGAUCUCCAUUGUGGCCCUUCUAAGCGUCCUUCCUGCAAGGUAAUAACAAAAGAGUCUCUUUUGGUUGCACAGAGGGAAGAUUUGUGUAGAGUGAUGGACCUGCUAUCUCUAAGGGAACACCACGCACGGACUUUACUCAUCUAUUACCGCUGGAAUGCUGAGAAUUUGUUUGCGGUGUUUGUGGAAAAGGGGAAAGAUUGCUUGUUUGCUGAAGCAGGUCUGUCUGUGGUUGAAAAUCAUGAUCUUGAUUCACAGCCUCCUCCUACUGUACUGUGCAAUAUCUGCAUGGAGGAUGUACCUGGUAUUGAGGUGACAAAAAUGGACUGUGGCCACAGCUUUUGCAACGAGUGUUGGACUGGCCAUUUUGUUGUGAAGAUAAAUGAGGGUCAGAGUAAGCGUAUUCAGUGCAUGGCACACAAAUGCAAUGCUAUUUGUAAUGAAGCUAUUGUCAGAAAUCUUGUCAGCAAAAUGCAUCCUCAUUUAGCUGAAAAGUUCGAUCGUUUUCUUCUUGAGUCCUAUAUUGAGGAUAAUAAAAUGGUUAAGUGGUGCCCAAGUACUCCUCAUUGUGGGAAUGCAAUACGUGUUGAAGAGGAUGAAUUUUGUGAGGUUCAAUGUUCAUGUGGUUUGCAGUUCUGUUUCAGCUGUUUAGCUGUAGCACACUCUCCGUGUUCAUGUUCAAUGUGGGAGCUAUGGACCAAGAAGUGUCGUGAUGAAUCAGCAACAGUAAAAUGGAUUACAGUUCAUACAAAGCCUUGUCCGAAGUGUCACAAAGCUGUGGAGAAGAAUGGUGGCUGCAACCUUGUGCGGUGCAUAUGUGGGCAAAGAUUUUGUUGGCUUUGCGGUGGGGCCACUGGCCGCGAUCAUACUUAUACGCAUAUCACCGGUCACAGUUGCGGUCGCUAUGAAGGAGACGAGAAGAAGACUGAGUUUGGAAAGCGUUACCUCUAUCGUUACAUGCAUUAUCAUAGUCGCUACAAAGCUCACAUAGAUUCCUUUAAACGCGAAUGUAAGCUAAAGGGUACCCUAAAAAAGAAGGUGGUUAACUUGGGAAAGAUGGAUUCGCAAAUUAGAGAUUUCCGUUGGGUUAAAAAUGGUCUUUACAGGCUAUCUAUUUCAAGAAGGGUGCUUACUUAUUCGUAUGCAUUCGCGUAUAUUAUGUUUGGUGAUGAGUUGUUCAAGGAUGAGAUGACAAAGGAAGAGAGGGAAAUAAAGCAACGUUUAUUCGAGGACCAGCAGCAGCAACUUGAGGCAAAUGUUGAGAAGCUAUCCAAUUUUUUAGAAGUACCAUUUGAUCAGUUUACUGAGGAUAAGGUUAUGGAGAUAAGGAUGCAAGUCAUUAAUCUCUCGGUGAUUACUGAUAACCGUUGCAAGAAAAUGUAUGAAUGCAUUGAGAAUGAUCUAUUGGGUUCGCUCCAGUUUGGUAUUCACAACAUAGCUCCAUACCAUUCAAAAGGGAUUGAAAAGGCUACCGAACUUUCUGUCUGCUGGAACCCUAAUGUCACUAACACACACGAACACCAAUCUUCAGAUUAUCACGCAAAAGGCAAAAGCAAGCUUGCCAUAACCAAGACACAAGCUUUGCAAUUAAAGGAUGUCAAUAAGCUGUUGGUCAAUCAUUUUGACUGCAUAGUCACUGCUGAGACUUCACCCAAGUAUCUGCUGGACUCCAAACAUAGAGGUGAGGGCCUUGCGCAAAGAGAAGAAGCUAACAAGGAAGGAAGCAUGAAAGUGAGCAAGGAAGUUCUUGCCAAGUUAAGGGCCGACCGAGGAGCUGUUGUCGAGGGAGAGCCUAGCAGGAAAAGACAGAUGGUGACGAGGGAAGCGAACACGUCGACCUUAGUUGAUUCUCCGAUGUUUGGCGCCCAAGGAGUGGUCAUCUUUGAGCUUCCUCAUGUUGUCGGUGGGAAGAGAAUCGAAGAGGUUAUAGAUGUAUCUCCUCUCCCUUCUGCAUCAAAAUCCAAGGAGCAUGUGAAUGAUGAUAGUCCCUCUAUUCAGGCGGACCCAAAUGAGGCUAUGAAUAAGUUGGUGGAAUUUGGCUUUGCCGAUGACGUGAGGAUGGUGAAUGAUGUCUCCGACAAGGAGCUUUGUGUGAAGACCUUAGAAUCACUCGGUCAGACUGUCCUCCACACCUAUACUACUGCAAUUCGUUGUUUCGCGAAUUUCAAGCAUUCUAAGGUUAUGGAGGAGAUGAUUCGUAAGAUGGAUGGCGAGAAGGAAGAUCUUGCUGCUCUGCUCAAUGAGGAGAGGGAAGAGAAGGAAAAGCUAGAGGAGGAAUUGGCCCUUAGGAAUGGGCAGUUUCAGAGCUUGACCGAUACUGUCUUUGCUCGGGACAAGGAGGUUGCUAGUCUGAAUCAAGAGAUGGAGCGCCUUCAGAAGUCGGUGUCUUCAGCCAAGGAAGCUGGCGCCGUAGAAUAUCAGAAGUCACAAGCUUUCACUGACUCCAUGACUAUGUACUUCUUUGACGGGUUUGAAGCUUUUCGUCGCUGUGCCAUGUCUUCAUACCCAAAAGUGGAUUUAACACAAUUUGAGGUUGAUGAUGACCUCCAGUCCCACAUGGCGGUAGAGGAAGAAGAAAGAGGUGGUGAGCUUGCUGAUGAUGAAGCUUCCAAGGUUGAGACUAGUAUCAUUGCUGAAACCAGGGUGGAGAAGUCUCUUGCUUAGAAGGUAGGGGGGACGACUUUCUAGAGGACAAGGCCGAGUAGAUCCUUUGUCAAAAUUUGCUAGAGUAUGACUCUCUGAACAAUGUAGUAGCUUUCAUAUUUUGUUUUCUUGCACUUGGUUUUAUUUCUGCACUUUGCCUAACAAUAGUUUGGUGUUUAAGACUGGAUUUGUGGAGUCUACCUUUCGCUGCGUAGAAUUUGCCUCUAUUUCUA